GGUUGUACGUGCUGUUCGUGUAGCAGGUAGAAAAACUCUGCGUUUUACUUUAUUAAAAUCUGCUUCAAUCCUCCAUCUGUGUGAAACAUUUACAGCGUAUUAUUUUUCUGAGACACCCUGAUUGAAAAUGGCAAAGUCUAAGAACCACACCACGCACAACCAGUCCCGCAAGUGGCACAGAAAUGGCAUCAAGAAGCCUCGGUCUCAGCGCUAUGAGUCUCUGAAGGGGGUUGAUCCUAAGUUCCUGAGGAACAUGCGCUUUGCCAAGAAACACAACAAAAAGGGGUUGAAGACCAUUGCAAAGAAGGAGGCGCCCAAAUAGGCAGGAGCUCUUCUGGAGAAUCAGCGAUGUACAGAUAUUGCAAAAGGACUUUGUACCAUCCAGAAUAAAGCCAUGCUUUGUUAAUUGGAA